UCGUGACCAAGGGGCAAGAGCCAAAGAGCCUCUCUAGUCCCCACCUGGUCCGUUUUACUGAUAUGGAUAAGGUCCUAAAAUACUAGCAAAAUCACCACCAGCACCAACCACCUACCAAAAAAAACUCCUGUUUCCUCUCUUCUAGCAUGGAUGCCUCAAAAAUGCUGCUACUAUCACCGCCAUCAACCUCCUUACCUUCUCUAAAACCCCAUACUUUCAUCCUUACAUAUAAAAAACCCAAGGUACACACCCCACUCAAAGUCCUAGCCAUGGCGAAGGACACCAGUGAAAGCGGCAAUGGAACCAUAGACAAAGCCACAAUAGCCGGUGGCUUGGUUGCCAACCCAGUGAUUGCUUGGUCCUUAUACACACUCAAGACUACAGGGUGUGGUUUACCCCCUGGACCAGGUGGUUCCAUAGGAGCACUUGAAGGUGUUAGCUACCUAGUUGUGGUUGGGAUUGUGGGUUGGUCUUUAUACACCAAAGCCAAAACUGGUUCGGGUUUGCCUAAUGGACCUUUUGGGUUGUUGGGAGCUGUUGAAGGGUUAUCGUUCUUAUCAUUGCUAGCCAUUUUGGUUGUUUUUGGGUUGCAAUUCUUGCAGAGUGGUUCCAUUCCAGGUCCUCUUCCUAGUGAUCAGUGCUUUGGGUAAAGAAGAUAAUGUGGUAUAGGACCAUUGCUAGUCUUAUCUUUUGCUUUGUGGCCAUGGUUAAUUUACUAUAUAUAGUUGAUUAGAAUGUGCUGCUUAAGGAUUGUAAAGAGGUUAAAUCAAUAAAGAACUUUUUGGUUUUA